AUGGAGCCCUCAGAGGGUAGUUUUAGUAGGUUGUUCGCCACUGAUCCUAGAAAUCAAAGAGCAGAUAACACAAGUUUGCAGCACAUGCCAAAUUUCACACCCAACACUUUCAACCAAAAUCAGUUCUCUACCCCACCAGCACCAUUCAACAAUUCCCAUUAUCCCCAGCAUAGUCAAUCUACUCAUGCCAUGCACAGCUUGAAUCCCUUUGGUGGUGUAGGCAACCUCCAACAGUAUGCCCAGUUUUCACCAAGUUAUCAAGGUUUUCAGCCACUACCCAACUUUGACUUCCCAGGUGGAAUGUUUGUAGGUUCUGCUGGUGGUGCAUCUUCACAUGGCUCAGAUUCAGCAACCCCGCAAUCGCAAAUAAGAGAGCCACAAAAAGAUGAAGAUAAGGAAGAUUCAAGCGCCAGCAGCCCAGAUGAAGGAAGGAGGACUGUGAGAAUUAAUUACAACGAGGAUGAGAACAAACGCCUUGUAAGUCUUUGGAUUAAGCAUUCAGUAGAUCCAAUUCGUGGUACAGAUCAUAGUAGAGAGGCCUACUGGAACAAGAUAGUAGAAGCAUACAAUUCGGGCCAGCCUGAAGGUGCAAGAAGAAGGUCAAAGGGACAGCUGAAAGGCCAUUGGGGAAGAAUUAAUGCAGCUUGUACCAAGUUCAAUGGGGUCUAUGGUCGAAUGACCUACUGCAGUGGGGAAUCUGAUGACAUGCUGAUGGAGAAAGCACGUGCUACAUACAAAAGAGAAAACAAGCAAAAGCCAUUUACACUUGAAUAUGUCUGGAAGAUUCUGAGGAAGCAACCCAAAUGGUAUAGAACUCUACCUGGUAUGGAUUGUUCAGAGAAGAACAAAAGGAUAAAAGUAGAUGAAUCUGGAGCAUACACUUCAUCUUCCAACCAAGACACAGAAGAAGGGGAAACAUUCCAAGAAGUGCGCCUAGAGGGGCAGAAGAAAGCAAAAGCUAGGAUGAAAGGAAAGGGAAAGGGAAAGGCGAUUGCACAAUCUCCCCUAGGCUCGCAGCCAGAUGAAGACAUGGUUUUGUUUCACGAUGCUAUGUUGAAGAGAGCAAGUGCACUAGAGAAAAUAGCAGAAGCAUCAAAGGAGCAGGUUAGAAUGGACAAGGUAAAAAACUACAUGCAACAGUUGGAUAAGGAUACUUCGAACAUGAGUCCAGCAAUACUGAAGCUGCAUGAACAACUCUUGGAGAAUCUAGCCAAGGAAUUAUUUCCAUCUUCAGACAACUAA